CAGGGAUGUUUACUUGUUAACCUAAGCCUAGGUUUGAGUGGAAAAUUUCAAUUAAUUCUCAAUAAGAAUUAUCUAAUCUGCUGAAUAAUCAAUGCAAAUAUUCAAUGAUGGAUGCUAUUCUGGCUGCUAAUCUAAUCUGCUGAAUAAUCAAUGCAAAAAUUCAAUGAUGGAUGCUAUUCUGGCUGCAUGUGUUGGCCUUGGCCUUACAUUGUCUCUGUUAACUCUGAAACCAAGACGAACUACACCACGCUGGCCUCCCAUUCAAGCAUGCUAUGAAUUGAAUGAGGAUCAAAUUUGUGGUGGCACCAGUGAUGCUUCAGAUGACAACCUCAGUGCAUGUACUCAUGCACCUGCGUCAGCUGGAGCAACAAGAGUUGUGUGCACAACUUGUCUAACCAGAGAUGCACAACCUCAACCUUACUCUGAAAUCAGUACAGCCAAUUCUGAUGCAGCAAACUGCAUUUCAGAAGAUCAUGCUUUGAAGAAAUCUCUGCUGCAACAAUCUCGGAAGCGAAGAGUCAUGUUUGUGACAUCUCAUCCAGAUGAUGAGUGCAUGUUUUUUGGUCCAUCUAUUCUACACUUUGCUCAAAAUGAAAAAGCCCUGGUGUAUCUUCUGUGCCUAACUGAUGGAUCAUACCAGAAUGUUAAACUUGGUAAGAAACGUCAGCAGGAACUGUGGGCAAGCUGCAAAGAACUUGGUAUUCCUGAAGGUCACAUAACUCUCUACAAAUGUCGUCAUAUUCCCGAUGAUCCAAACAAAAGCUGGCCCAUUGUAACCACGGCCAAUAUCAUUAACCAUCAUCUCCAUGCUCUCAGCUGCGACAUGGUGAUUACUUUUGACAGCCAUGGUGUCAGUGGACACAUCAACCACCGGUCUCUGUAUGCUGCGCUCGUCUACCUCCUCAAUGAGAAGCGACUCCCCCACUAUUGCAGUGCAUACACCCUAGACUCCGUGAACCUGGUCCGAAAAUACUCGUCAGUGCUGGACAUUGCUUGCAGCGCCAUUUGUUCUUCUCACGUCAUCACUGCCAGCUCUGCACAGUUCUUCACCAUUAGACGCGCCAUGAAGCUGCAUGCAAGUCAGUACGUGUGGUUCCGCAAGCUGUACCUUCUCUUCUCCCGCUACGUCAUCGUCAACACGCUCAGCCUGCAGCUGCCCUCGUCUAAACCUUACUCGCCUUUCCUUAAGGCUUAGCCAUUAAAUUUUAGGCUUUCAUAAAUUAAAUUUUAGGCUUUCAUAAAUUAAAUUUUAGGCUUUCAUUACCAUUCUCAUGGUCUAAACCUUACUCACCUUUCUUUAAGGCUUGGCCAUUAAACUGUGGGGCUUUCAUAUUUAGGCCCUACCGUUCUCAUGAAUAUAAUGCCUUCAUCCACCUGGCGUUUACAAUUAUGUUCAAGUUUUGGGCCUUAUAUUCAUGUCAUUGUCUUUUAGUUUUAUUAGUUUUGCAUUAUCUGUCAGGACUUCUCUCGCUUGUCGGAAAGUUCCAACAAAUCCUUAUACCUCUCAUUUCAUUCCUCACGUCAAUGUACCUUCAAGUUUCCUCUUCUAUGUCCACAAGAGUUCUCAAUGUAGUUAUAUUCAAUAUUACGAGCUUUAAAUUGUUUAUAUUGAUGUAUGUUUUAAAGUAAAUUGAAUCAUGAGUCUAGUGAACGAGUCCAAAUUAUAAGAAAAUUAAAAGAUUUCUAUCCAUGUCAGGUGACAGUCUUGGUGCUGUUUUAAAUGCCUUCAGUUAUGUUUGUUGUAUUGGAUUUUAUCUCACCUUUGUUGUGUAAAUCAUAUGAAUUGUAUCGCUUACUGUAGGAUCAUUGUUUAUGUUCUUUUGUAUAUAAGCCUAUGUUUUAGAUUUUGCUGCUGUAUGAUGCCUGGAUUAAUUAAUUUUCUUUUUCGUGCAAAUCUCUUGAGUAAGAAUUGCUUUUGUAUCAAAUGUAAAAAUAAACUUAGCUUAAAUUAUAGGUAUUCUAAUGCUGUAAAAGGUUUCCUGUUAUCAAAUCAAUGCGUUAUGGAUUGUUUGAACAAUUUCCAGAUCUGUAUUGUCAUCUUGUUCGGUCAUCCUAAAGACCUACCCUCGCUGAGGGAAAGUUCUGUAGUUUUGUUACUGGAAGAAAUGGAAAAUUGAGGAAUGAAUAUGGGCUGAGGGAUGCGAUAAGUAUUUCUGUAAUAUGAUCGCGUGUAUAGCGGCCUGGCCAGAGCAUUGCAAAUCGCGUCUAUCAGUGAACAAGUGAGGUGCGAUUCAGCUUGAAUAUCCUAACAUUUUAUUUAAAGCGGUCGAAACUCAGUUAAAAAUUUACAAGGAAACUGAGGUGGACUCCUUAUAUCAGGAUUUGUAAUUUUGAAACAAUUACUUCAACCAUCUAAAGUUUGCUCUUCACUUCACAAUCUGAUUGGAAAAAAUGACUGCAAUCAACUGUUAUGUAAAUAUAUAAAUGUGCCACGUCACCAGCAGUUGUGACAGUCCAGCUCAUGGAGCUGUGACACCGAAGAACAAUUUCCUGAUUCAAAUCUGGUAUGCUAUCAUCGUUCACGUUCUUUAUCACGACUAGACAACUUACGAUCAACGUGGUCUUUCAGAGCGCUGGGCAUGAGAUAUAUUGCAGUGACUGUGAGGUAGUCUUGCACCCGCUGCAAACUUGGUGCUUCAUCAGGAAACAUUUUAUCUCAACAUUAUUUUGUUGGAAUGCUAAAAUGCAUGAUCUCAAUAACAUAUUUAUAAAAGGCUGGUGCAACUAAUCCGUGCGAUAACACUUUUUCACGCUUUGACGCUCCGCGUAUAAACGCAUUCAAGAACAAACCAGAUGAAGCUAUGCAGAGGCAUCUGUUUCGACUAGAAGUGCCUCAUACCUCACAAAUUGUUGGAUGUUCAGCAACUAGUUAUCUUCAGCGUCAGUUUUGGAUGGAUCUGGUCAAAAGGCCAGUCCCCAGAUCUGUAAAGGACAAGUCAAGCGCAUUAUAAGGAUUGGCGUCGCAUGAAAUGCUAUAAAUUUACACAUAAUUACGUAAACUACUCCUAGCAAUUUCUAAUAUAACGCUGUAUUACAUAUUACUCCUUUUAUUCAUGUGUUAUUGAGUGUAGCUGAGUUGAUUUUGAGGCAGACGUUGCAGGUAGAGAUUCAGGAUUUGCCGAGCUCGUUGCUGAUGUCACCGAAUAGGUAUAUAUUAGCCCAAAAUGAACCGCUACACGAGUUCUAAAGUCGUUUUUAUUUCGUUUUUUUGUGAAUACCUUGGAAAUUGUGAGAUUAUUAUAAUGGCAGGUUAACUUUAAACGCAAUUAUUUUAUUAUUGUCGUUAUUUGUUGGCACUGCAUCGAGGGCAUUUAUUAGCAUAAGAGAUUUAUUUGUUUUAUAACUUGUACGUUAACAUGUUGACUACGAUUGCUUCA